AAUCUUCGGUGUACUUCAAUUCCAAAAACUCGAAUUUUUUUUUGUUGAUUAAUGAGAUCCCCGCUUAUCCAAAAAAAAAAAAAACUUGAAUAUCCGUGCUGUUGUGUGGUAUGGGAUGGGAUGGUUCUUGUCGAUUUUUGGACCAAACGAAGACUAAAAAAAAAAAUCUCUCUUUGCUAGGUAUUAAAUAACGGAGUUUGGAGAUCCAAGUCAAGACCAUACUCAUCGGCCAUUAUGGAAGCCCAGUAAACAAUUCAAUGGAGCAGCAUUUUCCUAAGUUUCGCUCCAACAUCUAGACAAACCCCAUGUGAAGGAGCCUUUAAGGGCAAGGAAACCUAACGUAAAUUCAGGAACCUGUCAACCCCUAUUUCCAUUGAUGGAGUCUUCUUCAUCCCUCACUCUAAACAAAGUUAGCAAGGAAACCUCAUUUUCAUAUGGCUAGAGAUAAUAAGGCAAUGAUCUCAGGUUUCCGAUGCCUGUGUGCUUUCAUCUUUGUCAUCUCAGCCUGUUCCAUUGCUUCGUUCCUGUAUUCGUGCCAAUGUACGAGUCCAUGCCACGACCCAGGCCGGGAAUGGGGCCAGAGCUUAACACCUAACCAGACCAUCGACCUCCUCAGCUUCCCAGAAGCAUGGAACAACCUCAACUUUCCCCAGGUACCUCCUCCUUGGCGCAUGAAGAUCGCUGUGUUUGUAAAGAAGUGGCCCCAUAGAUCCCAGGCUGGUGGGCUCGAGCGGCAUGCACUGACGCUCCACCUUGAGCUAGCAAAAAGGGGCCAUGAGAUCCAUAUCUUCACCACUUCUCCGAUAAACGCCUCUUCAUUUCCCAAGUACCCCUUCCCUAACUUGCACUUCCACCUCUCCAAACCAACAGCCGCUGGCUAUUUGGACCAGUCCACAGUCUGGGACCAAUUCCAAGCCCAGAACUCCAGUGGAUCCCCGCGCCGGCCAUUCGAUGUGGUCCACACUGAGAGUGUCGGGCUCAUGCACACGCGGUCUAGGAAACUCACCAACCUUGCCGUCAGCUGGCAUGGGAUCGCCUAUGAGACCAUCCACUCCGACAUCAUCCAGGAGCUCCUUCGUUCACCAGAAGAACCGCAGGCGUACUCUCUGACUGAAAGGGCAGUGAAGGUCGUCGAGGAAGUGAAGUUCUUCCGGAGCUACGCCCAUCACGUCGCCACGAGCGAUCACGUUGGGGAUGUCUUGAAGAGGGUUUACAUGAUCCCAGAAGAACGUGUUCACGUGAUCCUCAAUGGCGUUGACGAGGAGAUUUUUCGGUCGGAUUUCAAGGCCGGGAAGAAUUUUCGACGGAAUUUCGGCAUUCCCAAAUCUAAGACGCUGGUUCUGGGAAUCGCUGGGCGGUUAGUUAAGGACAAAGGGCACCCACUAAUGUUCGAAGCGCUGAAGCAAAUGAUCAGAGAGAACGCCAAAUUCCGGGAAACUGCCAUUGUCCUUGUCGCGGGAGACGGACCAUGGGGCAGUAGAUACAGAGGUCUAGGUUCUAACAAUGUACUUGUUCUGGGUCCCCUUGAACAAGCCCAGCUUGCGAGAUUCUACAAUGCAAUAGAUAUCUUUAUCAACCCAACUCUUCGGGCUCAGGGAUUGGAUCACACUCUGUUAGAAGCUAUGCUCUGUGGCAAGCCCGUGCUUGCAACGAGACUUGCAAGCAUCACAGGUUCGGUGAUAGUUAAUGGCAAUGUAGGAUAUACAUUUCCGCCAACCUUGGAAUUGUUGAAGAGAGCACUCUAUCGGGUUUGGAGUGAUGGAAGAGGAGUUUUAGAGAAGAAGGGCGAGGUUGCAAGGCAGAGAGGCCUCCAAUUUUUUUCUGCGACAAAAAUGGCUGCUGCCUAUGAAAGGCUAUUCCUCUGCAUAUCAUCAAUGAGUGGGGGAGAUACUGAGAAUCAAUGUCAAUUUGAGGAUUCUUCUCGGUGAAAGUUUUUGAUUUAUAAUGCAGCUUCAAAACUAUGACGGAGCUGAUUUCCACUACAAUUGAUAUGACUGAGUCCGUAAGAGGAAGCCAGCGGGUUGUUCAUUUUGCUGUAAAGAUGUGGCAUGCAGGAAAUCAUCCAAGUACUCAUUUUGGCAUGUUCACAUUUCCAUGGCACAUGCGGGGUAAUGAUAAGCAGCCUGUGGCUCGGUCGAAGAGAAUAAGAUGCUGAGGCAAGGAAAAACUGAAAGCCUUCAGCUUUAUAACGAGGCGCGUCAACUACAGAUUGCGGGCAAGCUUUUGGUCUCUGUUGUAUUUUGCUUUGAGAAGAAUACAGCUAUGGAAGACCAAUACAGAAUUGAAUGGAAAUGGAAAGAUAAAAGAUGUCGGCUCCUCCUUUAAGUUUCGUUUUCCUCGGAUCGAGGUUAUAAAGUUGUUUCUAAAUGCAGCAGACCUGACUAGGCCGUUACUGUU